AUGUUUUUCUGGCCAGACCAGUCUGAGUUUGUGAGGAUUGCUGCUAUGUUUGGAGCCAAAAUCAUACAUUUUGGUGUUGUUGGAGAAGAUGAUACUGGUGAGUUGAUUUUUAACUAUGAGGACCAAAUGAAGAUUCCAUAUCUCAGACAAUUUAUACAGGAAUUAACUGAUGAGGUCGUGCAGCUUAGGAGUAACGUUGAAGGUGAAGUAGCAAACCAAGAUGUACACUUUCCAGUGAUGCGUCCCAAACUACCUCGGAGAUUUUAUUAUCUGUUUGGAAACCCAAUUGAAACACAAGGGAGACAGCAGGAGCUAAGGAAUAGGGACAAGGUACAUGAGUUGUAUGUAGAGGUGAAGUCGGAGGUAGAAAGGUGUCUAUCUUAUCUAAAAGAGAAAAGACGGAAUGAUCCUUAUCGGAGUAUAUUAUCACGUUUGGUUUACCAGCUCACACAUGGCCCUGAAUCUGAAAUCCCAACAUUUGAACCCUAA